UUCUUUACAACAUAUCAAAUUAAGAAGAUGAACAUGUAUAAUAGAGAGUUUAAAACGGUUUUUGUGGAUGAUCCAAGUGGAGAAAAUGAAGACAUCAUGAAAAACACGUUUAAGAAUGUUGAAAUCGUUGCAAAUGCACAGGAUGCCAUGUUAUCCAUCAUGACCAGAAAAAAUUGUACGAUGCCUAUUUUAUUGUUGAUUGAUAUCGAUCAUCAUUUUUGUUUCCUUGAGAAGAUAUGCCAAUCUAUUCAAUACGAUCACCUCAUGAACAUUAUCCCUAUCGCCUGCUCAAAAAACGAUUCAUAUCCUUUAAUGAUAGAAUGUAUUCAAACAGGCGCCUCUGAUUUUAUUUUAAAGCCAUUUAGAGAACCCGUCAUGAAGACGAUGUUUUUGAAUGUGCAUCGUCAUCAAAGUAAACCCGUCCAGAGAACCAUUCAGGAUAGACUUGAUUUUAUAUCCAAAGACGACAAUUGGUUGUCAAACAACCUACAUAAGCAAUAUAUCCUAGAACCCAGUAUGCAAAAGAGACAGUCUAUUUACGAUUUAUCAAGUGAUCGUCAAGCAUUUUUAAAAGAGUUUGUGUGUGACUGGAAUUUUUCACCAUUGGAUUUAAAUGAUGUUGAGCUAGUUCAUUGCGUUUACAUCAUGUUGGACCAAACAUUCGAACAAUUAACCGAAUUAAACUCACUUCGAAUGAAAAAAGAUGUUAUGUACGACUUUAUCUUUGACGUUUGCAAUUCGUAUCACAAUUCAAAUCCAUAUCAUAACUUUAAGCAUGCGGUGGACGUGAUGCAAUCGACAUGGUACACACUCUGCUCGAUCCACCUUUUAAACCCCAUUGGGUGGUCUCCCAACCUGCAAAAAAAUCAGACAUUACACCAAAAGCGGCUGAAAGAUUUGCUACGACCGAUUGAUAUACUUGCCUUAUUAAUGGCUAGUUUAGGACACGACGUUGGACACCCGGGCGUGAAUAAUGGUUUCAUGGUGACGACGGCUACACCAUUAGCAGUGAUAUACAAUGACAAAUCCGUAUUGGAAAGCUAUCAUUCGAUGGCUUUUUUUAAAUUAGUGUGUAAAUAUUUUGCUCAUGCCAAUAUUGAUAUUGAAGCUUGUUCAGACUAUAAAGAUUUCAGAAGGAUCGUGGUGCACAGUAUCUUGUGUACAGACAUGGGAUGUCAUCAAGACUAUUUGGCCAGUAUUAUUCAAACCACGAGGGAAAUAAACGAGCAUGCGAGAGCACUAAGCCAAGAAGAGGAGAGAUUAGUAUUGUGUAGUGCCAUUAUGAAAUGUGCCGAUAUUAGUAAUUGUACUCGACCUUUUGAUAAUGCUAAACGAUGGGCCAUGAUAUUGGCAGAGGAAUUUUCGAUGCAAGGUGAUUUAGAAAGAGAAUUAGGGAUACCUUCUUUACCCAUCAAUGAACGCGGUAAAGUAUCAUUACCUGAUUUCCAACUGUAUUUCAUGGAGAAUGUGGCAAUGGAUCUGUAUGUAUCGUUUGGUCACUUGUUUCCAGAAAUGAAGUAUUGUGCAGAAAAUAUCAAGAAAAAUAUCGAAAUUUGGCAAGCGAAAAAGAAAGAAGCUUGUCAUCCUUGAAAUUUUAUUUGUAAAACCAUCUCUCUCUCUAAUUUUCUCCACUUUCCGUCAAAAGUUACACACAACAUGUAUUCUAAUUUCGUAGAUUUUGCACUCCUUUUAUUUAUUUUUUACAUAUA